AUGGACACGGCAAACGAUGCAUGUGGGCGCCGGCAGGGCCAGACUGGUGGAGCCUGCGUUCGUUGCCGGGACAAGAAGCUCAAGUGCGACAGCCGUCGUCCGCGAUGUGGCACAUGUCUCUCUGCCAACGCAGAUUGUGAGCCAGCCGCACCGCAGGUUCGACGUGGGCCAAAGAAAGGCUACCUCAAGACACUACAGGACCAGGUGGCCAGGCUGGAGCAACAACUCGCAGAAGCCAACGGCUCAAAGGAAUCAGCAAUGAAGCCGCCAGAGUCCCUGUCAUCAUCGCCUCUGCACGUCGAGCUUGGCUCCCUCCCAAUGGACCUGGAGCCUGUCAUCUCCAGCCCCGAUUAUGCCCACCAAGACGCUUAUCCCCAUUUCGACCACCUCAUAACGCCGCCGGCUGAGCUUGGCCUGGCACACUCCUUUCAAAGCACAGAAUGGCCCGUCAUUGUUUCGUCCCCCGAGCUGCUAAUGCGCGCCCUCUCGGCGGGCACGGUCUCGACAGAUCCUUGGCACUUUACCGGCGCUGAUGACAGCCUCCCCUUUCCUGACGGGAUGGGCCAGCCUUCUUCAGUAACUGGAAAAUACCCCGACCCAAGUCUACUGCAGGCUGAUUUGUUAGCAUUCCCCUUUUUCUUCCAAGUCUGGGGCUCAGUACGCCUUCAGUCGAUCCAGGACUCGCUAUACCAUAACACCCAAACCCUGUUGGCGGUCAGUAGGAACACGGACGGAAAAACAGCAAUGGACAUUGAAUAUGUCCAGGCGGGCAUCCUCAUGGCGAUACAUGAAUUUACACAUCGCAGCCACCACCAGGGCUGGAUGAGUGCUGGCCACUGCUUCCGCCUGGUUCAAUUGAUGCGUUUGCAUGAGCUCGACAGCCCAGGACAAAGUCCAGAGAGGAGAGAAGGUGGCGGAAAACAGUGGAUCCGAAGAGAGGAAAAACGCCGUGCGUUUUGGAUGGCAUAUUGUGUCGACGUUCUCGCCAGCAAGCGCGGACAAUUCCCGCUGACAUUACAUGAGCAUGUGCGCACUACCAGACUGCCCUUAGCCGAGAAAGAAUUUCAGAAUUCCGAGGCCUGCGAGGCACAGUAUCUCCACGAACUUUUCGAAGGCCAGCUGGCAUCGCCCGUGAGAGGCCCGUUUACCGAGCUCAUCAUCUUCUGCACCAUGUCCCGCCACAUCGCCUCGUUCAAGCGAGACCGGAUCGACAACCACAGCUUCCCACUUGUGCUCUCGGCAAAUGAUUUUUACAGCCACCAUUCCCAGCUGACCAAGAUGUUGGACCUCCGGACCGAGGCCCUACAGGCCAACUGUAGCCCAGAGUCUCUAUGUUCUGACCCUAUCCUGCUCUUUGUUCGCAGAUCCAUGAAUCUCUUUGUCGGCUUUUAG